CUAUGACUGCUUAUAAGCUUCUGCAUAUGGAACAAUAUUUGUUUUAAUCGGGUUUCGUGAGCUUCAAUAAGUGUAGCAUGUUAUUCUUAUUCUUUAUUUUUUUAGUCACUCUUACCAUCAAAUCUUUCCCUGCCAGUUGUUUCAGUUUUAUUCAUCCAGGUUUUCAGAUCUUUUGUCUCUACUUUAAAACACCGGAGGAGAACUGAACUUCAUGAUUGCUUUGAAAACAAAAACUACAACGUUUCUGUCCUGGAUCAUCAUUCUGAUUCUCUGCAGACGUCACUGUGAACUUUAUUUAUAGGAACUAAUUCUUCAGUUGUUCCAGUGAUUGCUGACCAAGUCCAAUGACCAAACCACUGACCUCAGCUGUUUUUUUGGGGCGUAUAACUCACUGACAUUGUAAGUUAGAUCAUUUCUGAUAGACUUUCUCUGUGUGAUGGUCUCGGGUUUUGCUGCCGGCAAUAAAACUCUACUGCGCUCAACUUUGAAGACUCCUGGUGAUUUUUGAGACUUUUUUGACACAUCAGUCUCUGUCGGGGAACCAUGAAGACGCUGCCGACUCUCAUACUUCUGGCUCUGAUCUGCUUCUUGCAUCACAGCUCUGCUGCAGGUUGGAUUGCUCCAGAGCUGGGCCUUAAUGUACGAUGCUGUCCAAUCUUCAACCGAAGGUUAAUUCCUAAGCAAAAGGUGAAACAUGUGGUGCGGACUUCGAAUAGCUGUAAAACCCCAGCGAUUGUAGUCACAACUGUGUGUGAUACGACGUCUUGUCUUGAUCCCGACUGGAGAUGGGCGAAGAAACUGUUGGCAGUGUUUGAGAUGGCAACUGCUAACAAUACGUCACCUUCUGCCCCUUUCAACAUGUCCAAGUGUGACGAACCAAGGACUGAGCACGUGUUUGUUUCUGGUGGAAACAGACGAGGAAGUGAAACUCACAAAGUGUCGAGUGUGCGGAACAUUUACAUCUUCUAA